CUGUUUAAAAAUAUUAGCGAUCCAGUUUUAUAUUCUCUUACAAUAAGUGAAUUGAAUCGUGAGCUGACUCAUCAUUUGAAUUUUCAGCCACAAAACUUCACUUACUAAAUUUGGCAUAUGGAUUACACCAAACUGAUUCCAAUUAAUUGCGCCCAUAAGCAAACGCUAUCACAACUUCCAGUGUAUUUUAUUUUUCUCACUUUCAGGAUUUUUUUUAUAAAAUGUAAAAUCUAAAUCAUACACACAAAAACGUUUUUAUCAAGUAAAAAUAUACUAGUAGUAUUUAAGAAUGUGUAACCUACAUGAUCCAAAAAAUGGGUUAAUCGAAUUAAGUUUCACUGGUUUCGAAUACUAAUUAAAUAUUGGCUAAUAUAAAUAUAGUAGUGAUGGAGAGAGGGUUAGGAAGUAGUCGUUAUUCAACAUAAGCUUUGUGUCAUGUUUCUUCUUUCUCACUGUUUACGAUUUGUGUGGACGUGAACUAAUCCGCCAAGAUUUUCAUUUAACUAUUUAUUUAUUAUUGGUAAGCUUUGUAAUUAAGUAUUACAUAUGUUUCAUAUAGUAUGUAUCAUGCUAACCAACUGGACCAUAGUCGCAAGUCACAACAACCCUAUAAAAGGAAACAGUCGUUUGAUCAAUCUUCCCGCCUCUGAGUAAACUAUAUCCCUCUCUCUCUCUCUCUCUCUCUCUCUCUCUCUCUCUCUCUCUCUCUCUCUCUCUCUCUCUCUCUCUCUCUCUGUAUCCUCGUAUCUUCUCUGUUCUAUCUCUAUUUCACAUACAAAAAUACAAAACAAAAUAAAGAAGAAGAUGGAUACGAAGAAGACAGGGAUAAAGAAAGAGAGAAUACCAUCACAGAAAGAAGAAGAAGGAACAGUGAGGAAAGGACCAUGGACUAUGGAAGAAGAUUUGAUCCUCUUUAAUUACAUCCUUAAUCAUGGUGAAGGUCUUUGGAACUCCGUCGCCAAAGCAUCUGGUCUAAAACGUACGGAAAAAAGUUGUCGGCUCCGGUGGCUGAACUAUCUCCGGCCAGAUGUGCGGCGAGGGAACAUAACAGCAGAAGAACAUCUUUUGAUCAUUCAACUUCAUGCUAAGCUUGGAAACAGGUGGUCGAAGAUUGCGAAAUAUCUUCCAGGGAGAACGGACAACGAGAUAAAGAAUUUCUGGAGGACAAAGAUUCAGAGACACGUGAAAAUGUCUUCGUCGAAAAAUACUAAUAAUAUUCGUCAUUGUUUGGGAAACUCGCAGAGCUCGGUGAUAACGGCGACGGACCAAGGAAGCUCCAGCAAAGGCUUAAUCUCGCCGGCGACGACAACGACAUCGUUUCAUGUGAUGGAACAGUCAAACGACAGUUACUGGAACGUUGAAGAUAUAUGGCCCCUUCAGUUGCUUAAUGAUGACCUUAAUGAUGACCACCAAGUGAUUUAAUUUUGGUCAUAGUAGUUUAAAUGACUAUGCAUUUGCUAGCCCUACAUAUGAUGCCCGAUCUGAUUUUUUUUUUUUUUUUGUAUGUUAUGUUCUUUGGUUUUUCUAUAUUGCUGAAUCUUGUUUCAUUUACCUAUCAUUUGUAAUGUUUUAAUGCAAUCAUAUUAUUUUUCAGAUCA